UCAUCGUAUAACUCUGGUAUAAUUAGAGCGUUGAAAAUCGAUGAAAGGAUUUUUCGUGUAUUCAGAAUUGAUAGGGAUCAACUAGAGAGCAAGAAACUCGUCAAAUAAAGCAGCAAUCGGUUUAAAGAGAUUAUAAGAUGCGUGUAAAAACGUUUGCGUUUUGUGUGUUACUACGUUAUUUAUUAUUUACAUUUAUUAAUUACAUAUUUCAUCAUGAUAAGAAAAUGAUGUCGUCUCUUUGAAUCGAAUCGAUCCGAUCGAGUUCUUCCUGGCUUAUUCUCGUACGAUAUCUCUUUGAAAUAAUCUCUCUCUAUCUACGUAUCUAUGUACGUGUAUGUAUGUACGUACAUGCGUAUAUAACAAGGUAUAUACCUUGUGUAGGUGAAAAUUAUAGAUGCAAAGUAAAUAACUUUGAGACAGCUACUCUUCUCAUGAAUUAUGACUCAAUCGAUGGCAUUUCUAUUCGCAAUAAUAAAAGAGUAUUACUGACGCUGUAUUACGAAAGUCGGUGAUCGUCUACAUCGAUCUUUUAGCUAAGGCCUUUGACAUGGGUGCUCUCGGGUUGAAUGGGACUCACUGAUAACUAUUGUAGAAUUUCUAUUCUAUUUCUAUCGCGACGAACGUUGGACGAAAGAGAACAAAAAUUUUCGCGCCUUGCGUUUUUCUUUUUUCUGUUCUUUCUUUUUUUUCUUCCCUUAUUUCUCGACGACGACGACGACGACGACGAUUCAAGUAUUUUUGACCAAGUAUAAAUAUAUAAACCCUGUAUAAAUAUAUACCGGUGAUUUUUUUAUCGACGAUAUUACUCACCUUGACAAAGGCUCGUAUAUUCAUUAUAUAGUUGUAUAUUUACGAUUAUUACCUAUAUAUUUAUAGUGAAUCCAUACAUACAUACAUACAUACAUACAUACAUACAUACAUAUAUAUAUUAUAUUCACUAAUUAUAAGUAUACAAAACAAAAGAGACAGGGAUAAAGUGGAAUUAUAUAGUCGGCUAAAUUAAGCCGAACGUUUUCGAACGACUCGCUAGAGAUAUCUUCGGGAAAGAGCGGAAAAGUUCGCUGUGUGGAAUGAACUUGCGUUUCUUGGCUUUGUGUCUUCUUUCUUGAUAUUCCUCUCUUACCCUUUUUUCGCUCUUCUUCCGUAUACUUUUCCCAAAUGAAGGAAAGGUGAAAAAAUUGAUGCUUUUGGCAUGCAAGUACGAUUUUAAUUUAUGUGUGUGUGUGUGUGUGUAUACAUAUAAAACUAUGCAGAAAGAGAGAGAGAGAGAGAGAGAGAGAGAGAGAGAGAGAGAGAGAGAAUGCAGUUCGCAAAUGACCCAUUGCAAAGUCGUCGAGAAAAGUCGAGCGAAUACGUGCCUACGAAGGAGAGAAAAGAAGAUAAAACGUAUACCUAGAUCAACGUGGUCGAUAUUGUCUCGGCUUCUCACCUUUUUCCGUUCUUUCUUGGUCGGUGCCUCGCGCUCGAAAUUAUCGCUCCUCGCGUGGUUUUAUAUUAUUCGAGAAUCGUGCAUGUUACGAGAGAGUAUCGAAUGAAAAGUCGCACGAAGAAAGGAGAUGGCAAAAAAUAAGAGAAAUUACAAACGUGCCGAGGUUACGACGAGUUACGAUGAAUAUGACCAACAAUUGUUAUGUCGACGAUAUGCUUACGGAGGAGUAUUGUAUAAAAUAAAGUGUAUUUUAAGCAUAAAUCGAGCGAGAGAAGGAGAAUUCACGUUUAAGUUUAUGAUAACGAGUUGCGCUGCUGAAUAUGGUUAGUGCGUAUAAAAUACAAAAAUAAACAAAAGAAAAAUUAGGCUUUAGUCUAUACCAAGCACGACGUUCUCGAAUCGAAUUCAUUAUUUUUUUUUGUCAAAAGAGGCGAAAGGAAAAAAGCGCUAAAAUGGUGGACGAUCGGCGACCAAUUCGAAUAUCGAUAGUACCAAAUCGUCCCAGAUGAUUUCCGUCCCAAGAUGGGCAAUAACUGCAUCGACGCGCCGGAGAAAAUAAUUUCUGUCCUUUGUUACUCAUAAAAAAACAAAAAACGAAAAAACGAGAACAAAAGAAAUAAAUUUAAAUGAUAAUAAUAAUAAUAGUAAUAAUAAUAACAAUAAUAAUAAACGAAUAAAAGAUCUCAAUCCAUCCGUCGUAUCUCCAGGCGCGUCGUUCUUGGAAGGAGUGCUCGACUCUUUAUUUCUUGUCGUCCGUCAUUCUCUCGUUUUCCUCAAAAACUGUAAUCACCAUUUCUGCUUUUUAUUUUCUAUCGUACAAGGCGAACGGAAGAAAUUAUACGAUUCGUCUCGUCGAUUCUUCGUCGUCAAUUCGAAACGUUCCAUCCAAAAGCACAGCAGCGCGCGCGCGUUCGGUAUCCCCGAACACGGGUAGCCGACAAUGAACUAAGAUAAUGUAGAUUAUUCGAGAGACUUGCCAGUUUCGUUGCACAGUAAUACACAAAACACAAUGUAGGUUCAGAGGGAAUAAAAAGAAAACAUAUUAGCAAGAAAAGUGUGAUGCGCGCUACGAAUGAAGAUCUAUAGAUUACUGAUUAACGGACGAGUUGCGUAGCCACGUAUUUGAAAAAGUUUCACGAGAUAUCGAUGUGUAUGUAUAUAUUUUAAGUUUGUAUCAUAACUCUCCCCACUUAAUUUGUAUGAAAUGGAGAAUAUCAUUAAAAUGAUGAACGAAAAUAA